CUCACGAUCCCAUCCCAGACCAAGCGGGCAACCCCGGCGCAUCUUUAGCCAUUUCACAACCCACGCACCCCCGACACCAUGAUCACCAUCGUUGCCCUCGCUGCGCUGCUCCCCGUGCUUGUCACGGAGGUCGACGCCUUCGCCGCCCCUGUGCCUUACUAUCGCCACCGUAUAAUCUCUCGGGCGGCGGUGACCCAGGGCAAUGGUAACGGCACCGGCACCGGCACCAUAAUCUGGGGCGACUGCGACCCGGGCCUAGUCAAGGCUGCGGACCUGCCCAUCAAGUGCGCAGAGCUAGUUGUGCCCCUCGACUACACGGCGCCGCCCAGCCCCAACGCCACCGCGACCCACACCCUCGAACUGGUCAGGGUCCAGGCGGCGACGCAGCCCGCCAGGGGGAGCGUGCUGUUCAACUUUGGCGGACCUGGAUCCGAAGGCCUAAGGUCCCUGGCCACUUCUGCCCAGUUUUAUCGCAACCUCACAGGCGGCGCGCAUGAUCUGAUUGGCUUUAACCCGAGAGGUACGAGCCUCAAGUACCUCCCCUUCUCGUGCUACGGCAGCGACCUCGACCGCGCCCUCGCCAUCCUCUCCGGCAUGUCCGCGUCCGGGGGCCCCUACCUAGAUUCGUCCGACGUGCAGCCGGGGCGCACCUGGGCGACGGCCAAGGUUUUCGCUGACGCCUGCGCCGACAAAACGGCCGAAACGACGGCGGGCUUCGUGGGCACAGCUUUUGUGGCCAGGGACAUCAUGCGCAUCGUCGACGCGCUGGGCCAGGGCGAGCUCGUAAACUUCUACGGCAUUUCGUACGGCACCGUGCUGGGCGCAACGCUUGCGGCCAUGUUCCCGGACAGGAUCGGUCGCAUGGUCAUCGACGGCGUCCUGAAUCCCCACGAGUACUACCAUAACCUCAUUGAUACGGAGUGGAUGUCAGGCACCGACGAAUCCUUCCGCCGGAUCCUGGCCGAAUGUGUGAAGGCCGGCCCCGCGCGGUGCGCCCUAGCCGGCCGCAACAACGGCGCCGCGACGGCGUCCCAAAUCGAGAAGGACAUUUACGGCCUCUUCGAACGGCUCAAGCACAGCCCGCUGCCACUGCCGCAGUCGCUCGUCAACUACGCCUCGGCCCCCGCGGCCGUGGUGGACUAUAGCAACCUCAAAGGACUCGUCUUCUCGACCCUCUACGUCCCGGCCUUCUUCCCCAAGAUGGCAGCGGGGCUGGACGCGCUGCUGCGGUGGGACGGCGACAGCACCAAUGUCGACGUGGCCAGCUUCGGGGACUGGCGUGACGAGCUCACAGCCGCAUUCGCGGGCGUCGUCAGUAACGAGGCGCUCCAGGGGAUCCGCUGCGGCGACAAGGACCCGGCUACGCGGGCGGGCAUCCGCACCCUCGAGGACGCGAUGCCGGCCAUCGAGCGCGUCGCGUCGCUGUCGCGCCUCAUGGGUAACGGGUCUAUCCACGGCAGCAUCACGAUGCCGUGCGCGCGCUGGCGGCUCAAUGGCGCGCGCGAGAGGUACAAUGGCGAUUUCCGCGUCAGGACAAAGUACCCGGUCCUGGUCGUCAACCCGACCUGGGACCCGGUCACGCCGCUCGUUUCGGCCAAGAACGUCAGCGCCGGAUUCGAAGGCAGCGUGCUGCUCCAAAGGGAUGGGUUCGGGCACAGCUCGGUCGCCGAAAGAUCGGCGUGCUCCGAGGGCGCCAUUGGGGCUUAUUUUUCCGAAGGCAAGCUUCCUACGCACGGGACAGUGUGCAAGCCUGAUAAACCAGUAUUUUGAUUAUCGUUCGCAAAAUAUUAUUCGUAC